AUGGAAGUGUAUUCGCCGAUAACCUGCCGUAAUUUAGCACGUAUUUCUAUUGCUUUGCUGAUAGCGAAGAUUUUUUCAGCUGAAAAAAAUCUCAUAUUUUUGGUUGCUUAUCACAUCUUAAUCAUACAGGAUUUGGAGCGAAGACUUACGGGCUUAUGUGACCCCGGAUCAACAGAGUUUCAUGAGCAUGAUCUUUCUUUCAGCCUUCGAACAGGAACUGAUCCAGAUGUCACUAUCAGGCUACGUCGUCGCUUCAAUGUAGAUUCUUUCAACAGCCAUCAGUGGCAAUUUCGAUACAUUGGAGGACCGGAGCCAGACCAAAAGUGUCCCGUAAUUGUGCGAAAAGUAAUUGACUCUAUAGCCUACUCACACUUAAUGAUGGAUUUUGUGAAAACAUUGGGUUUGCGAAUGGAUUACGAGUAUAUAGCCAAAGGAACAGUCUGGACAAACGGAAAGAUGAAAGUAGUGCUUAGUCAAAUUCAGAAAACCGAGAAGGCAGGUCAUUAUGAUCAAGCAAACCUAAAACGAUUUUCUGACUCGUACCUGGUCGAAAUGAGCGUAUGCCUUCCGGAUUCGGCUGAAUACACUGCCGUA